GUUAUCCUCUUCUCAGCCUCUGCUUGUAACUAGGUAACAAGCAGACCUUCAAAUUGAUAAUGAAAGAAAAAGGCUUUUCCCACUUUUUUCCUCUUGGAACUGUCACGUUGAGUCAAAAUGAUGGAGUUCAAAAUUAUUACUGUGAAAAUUUUUAAGCAGUCUUCACCAAUUUCAGCUGCCCUACAAAAAUUUAACUGCUCUCCAAGUAAACUGCUCAAGAAGAUGAACUCCAGAAGUGCUUCAAAUGGAUUCUUAUGGCGUGUUUUAACUAGCACACGACACGGAUCACAUGCAGUGCAAACCUCCAAUUUUUUGAGCCACAGUACUACGAAACCAUAUGGUGAUCAAAAUCUGCCAACAUCGUUCAUUAAGACUGAAACAUUGGAUUUUCCCCGCCUACUGGGAGUAAGAAGUCCUGACAUAAUGCUAAUGGUGAAACUUGAGAACUAUGACAUAGCUGAAACACCACACAUAAAAUUUUUAGAGGACAAAACUAACAGUUCUACGUCCUAUCUUGUCUCUAUUUGCUGUCUAAUAAGAAAUGCCUUUAAAAACUUCAGCCUCUGGGAUCUAGCAAGUUUCGUAAGCAGUGCGAAAAAGUUUAAACUCGCGAAUCCACCUGCAGAAGCUACCUCUGUAACAAUAAUUAGGGACAAUGAAACAGAUCCCUACACAAUGGAGGAGACAGUCAAUCAAAUUAUCAAUCGCUCGAUGAGACCUGUUGACACACUGAAUUCCCCUGUGGUGCUAUUUAAAAAAACGUCAAGGGCCGACUGUCGUGACAAAGGAGGAAAACAGAGCGACACGGGAAAUGCAAAGGAAUGUGAAGCAGGCGAUACUUCGAAUUCUGAUAAAAACAAAACUCCCGAGAGAAAAGACGGCACAAAAUCGGACUCAGGCCAUGAGUCUGCUGAGGAUCCAUCACCUUCAAAAUGUGAACCCGGAUUCUGUCAGUUUCCAAACGAGAAAUUUACACUGAGAUGUCCAGACACCCAGCCACCUGCAAAUUGCUCGAACUGCGGAGCAUUUUCACCUGGUAAAAGCACGGCUUCAGGUGAGAGCGCAUGUUCAAGGGAGCCAUCUUGCUCUUCACCCUCAUCAGGUUGCCAAUCUCCUGGCUCAGGUUCUCUAUCACCGGAGAGAAUCGUAUCAGGUUCAUCUUCAGGAGAAUGCCCUAAUAGAUGCUCUCCUCCAGGCACACCUGCAUCUUCUUAUUCAGGGUCUCCGAGAUCAAGCUCAACUCAUGGUAGUUGCCGUAGCUGCCUUACACCAGGUUCAUCAGCAGCAUCUGCUAGGUCUCGUUCGUCUGCUAGAAGUUCAAAUUCAAAUAGAUCGAAUGCUUCAUCAGUGAGAAGUUUAGAGGAAAUACCUAACUUCCCUGAGGAGGGCGGCUGGGCCUCUUUGCCCGACGACAUCGACGCAGGUUUAGAGGAAGAAAUGUGCGAGAGAAAUCGACCCAGAGAUGAUUAUUGGGACCGUUGGAGGCGUCCUGUGCAAUCUCAAUCUCGUAAUCCCCCUCCACAGGCGAAUUACUACCCAAGACUUUACUAUGAAGAAGUAACUUAUGAGCCAUCUCCAGAACCAUCUGCACCAAGACAGAAAAGUCCCCCCUUCAGAGUAUACGAAGACCCCGAGGGUUAUGAGCCGGCUAGCUCUAUACACCGUUCUCGAACGUCUCGCGGCAUGCCUUCUCCUAUCUCUGUUGAAGGAUCUGCCAGAGUUAAUCCAAUGAGAAGUUAUAACUCUCCGCCUUUGCACGGUCCGGAUUCAAGCAAUAGGGCUGUGAGAGUUCGCCGAAGGGUUGAGUACCUUCCACUUGACAACCCUCCACGGCGUACUUCAACUCCUACAACCGCGCCUCAAAAUCUACCUCCCGGUAGAGUGAGAAGAAAUCUUCUUCAUGACUUAUCCGACUCGGAAUCUCCUGUAACAAGUUCCUUGCAUCCCCCAUUCGAAAUUUCUCCUGAACCAUUCAUACCGCGUACUAGAAGAAGAAGCGAAGUCUUAGUUUUUUCGGAUGACGAAGAGGCAGGCCCAUCGUGUAGAUCUCCCACACCUGGAGACACUAGCUGGCAACGGCGUUCCCCACUUGUUUUCUCGGAUGACGAAGAGGCAGGCCCAACGUGUAGGUCUCCCACACCUGGAACCACUAGCUGGCGACGACGUUCCCCACUUGUUUUCUCGGAAGAUGAAGAGGCAGGCCCAUCGUGUAGAUCUCCCACACCUGGUUCUGGACGUCGGCUUGUUUUCUCUCCAGAACCUACAACAACCCUUAGCCGGCAACGACGUUCCCCACUCGUAUUCUCGGAGGAUGAAGAUGAGGACGCAGGGCAGGUGAUGCUCGUCCGUGAGACUGUAACAACUUGCGAUGAAAAUAAUACUUGCGUUGAGGAACAGCGAGAAACCACUGUUAGCCGACGAGAAUUCACUAAUAAUGGAUGUCAUCCGGUCGGAACACCAGUGGUAAAAACCGAAGUGGUGAAAACAAUCCCUGGCGAUGGUAAUGGCUGCAGUCCCUCUGGCUCGGGUAAUCACAAUUCACCGCACACUCCUUACUCAGAUGGAAAAAAAAAAACUUCGAUAAUUGACCUGGCUGGUUUGCAAAGUGCUGACCUCUAUGUGAGCGAUAGAGAGCAUUUGCAAUCUUAUAAUUUUUGUCGCAGUUGCCUACCUUCAAUUUCUGAUGACUUCAUCUCGCACCCAUUUAAAACAGUAUCAAGCAACGGCAAAGCAAUAGCUGGAAAGCUCAUCUGGGACCAAGCAUUAUUAGUUCUAAAAAAUUAUACUUUCAACUGCCAUGUUGGCCAUAAAAAGAAAUUGCACAGUUGUACUUUUGAUAAUUACACGCUUCCUUUGUUUGCACUUCGUUUGGUUUGUUCUGUAGUGCAAGCAUUAAGUCUGCGUUCUGACAAGAGACGAAAAAUGCAGAGGCUAGUUGAAGAGCUGUAAAAUUCGUUUAUGGGA